AUGAUAUUUUCGUUUGUCUUUUCACAACCAGAGAACUUACUACUUGAUGCUAAUGGUCUUCUCAAAGUUUCAGAUUUUGGAUUGAGUGCGCUACCACAACAAGUUCGAGAAGAUGGGAUACUUCAUACAACAUGUGAUACGCCAAAUUAUGUUGCUCCAGAGGUGAUCAACAAUAAAGGCUAUGAUGGAGCAAAGGCAGAUCUGUGGUCAUGUGGUGUGAUUCUUUUUGUCUUGAUGGCUGGAUAUUUACCUUUUGAAGAAUCCAACCUCAUGGCAUUAUAUAAAAAGGCAGUGAACUUGUUGUUACAGAUGCAGAUGAAGUAG